CUGCGACAGCACUUUGCGGCAGCGGAGAGAGCUCGAGGAGAAGGCAGCAACUACUAACGUCGCCACUUGCAGCGCUUCGGCCUCAACAAUCCGGGGAUUUACGCCACGUUUGGCGAACCGACACCCCCGUCGUCGUCGUGUAUCUCCUCGCCUCUUGGAUGAGAUUGCGCCCAACGUUUCCCAAGCGCGAAUCGCCACCUUGAUGCGGUGGAAUGGCCACAGUGCCGCCUGGGCCUAGUAGCGCACUGCCUGCAUCCCCGGCUGAAAGUCCACCUUUCCCCGAGGACAGAGGGCCGCGUCGCCCCGGGGAGGAGGAGGUCGUGUCCGGCGGGGUGGGGAGGGCAAAGCCGCUGCCUGUCUGCGAAGCCAAGCAGUCGGUCAAGAAGAAGCAGGCGAGCAUGCUAGCUCGACCUAGCCAGCCGGCGCUACACCUCCAAGCCGGGGAGCCGCAGCAGCAGCAGUUCAACGGCUUGGCGAGUCCACUCCAGGAGCCGGACUGCCACUCUUUUCAACCGAGCCAGCCUGGUGACCCGAGACCGUCCGCGGACAACAGUGACAGCGACGGGAACGACGUGGAGAACUGCCAACACGAAGGCCCCCUCUCUAAAAACGGCAGCCAUUCGCCGCUGGUUAGCAACAGCAUGAACGGCAUGCCGGACCCGACAAGAACUCGGGCGGUCCGAAGCCUUACCGGCGACGACUUGGACCACACCGUUUCCGGUCCUGAAGAGCAGGAACCACAGCCGCCUGCAGCCGAGCUGGCCCGGCUGAAGCUGAGCGGCUCGGAGGAGAGCCACGACAUUUGUUAUGUGCGCUACGAGUCCGAGCUGCAGAUGCCGUGGAUCAUGAGACUGAUCACCAAGGACUUGUCUGAGCCUUAUUCCAUUUACACUUACAGGUACUUCAUCCACAACUGGCCGCAGCUCUGCUUCCUGGCCAUGGUGGAGCAGGAGUGCGUGGGCGCCAUCGUGUGUAAGCUUGACUUGCACAAGAAGAUGUUUCGACGUGGGUACAUCGCCAUGUUGGCCGUCGACUCUAAACACAGAAGGAAAAGCAUCGGUACUAAUCUGGUGAAGAAGGCCAUCUACGCCAUGGUGGAGGGCGACUGUGACGAGGUGGUUUUGGAGACAGAGAUCACCAACAAAUCGGCUCUGAAGCUCUACGAGAACUUAGGCUUUGUGAGGGACAAGCGGCUCUUCAGAUACUACCUUAACGGCGUGGACGCGCUGAGGCUUAAACUGUGGCUCCGCUGAAAAGGGAGGAGAUGAGGAUGGGAGACUCUAGAGAAGGAGAGGGAGGAGGUGACGGGACGAGAGAGACGACAAGACGUGCUGUUCAUCUCUUUAUACACACACACACACACACACACAUAAACAUGCAACAGUAUGCACAUAUGUAUGCAUACACACACAAUCACACAUUAUUCUUAACCUUGAACACGUUUCAAGACGAACCCUCCAGAUGUUUCCAUGAAGGGCCCACCCUCCUCCUCCUCUGUCAGCUCUUUUUAAAAGAGGAAAGAGUUGGGGGGAUGACCUUUUUUUUGUAAUUUUUUUUUACCUUCAAACUCCGUAGGAGGGAACAUCGAGCGACGCCACGCUGAACGGACGCUCGAGACAAACUUGCAGGAAAAAAAACAGUAGGCAGCAAGACGCAGAAACUUAAAUGUGGACUUUAUUUUUGUGUUUCUUUUUUUUGAAAGCCUUGGAGGAGGUAACGACUGCAUACAGUAUGAGAGUGUGUGUGUUCGCGCGUGUGUGUUUUUGAGUGAAAGUUUAGCGUUCUCCAAAUGUGUCCACAUGGCGGCGCUGUGUCAGCCAGACACCACAGCUUCUCAAGGACUAAAGCCUGUAAAGCUGCGCAUGCAUUUAUUUUCUAGUGUAUGUGUGUGCGCUGAUGACGACCGGUGUGAACUCCUGAAUCACUCCACUAUCACCUCAAUUGUCACCAUCAAUUUUAGUUUAUUUUUUAUUAACCUCAGAUGUUCAAAAGCAGUCUACUAGCUUCUUAUUUUCCUACAUAAAAGUUGCAAACUUUCCUAGUGCACUGCCAACCCCCCCCCAAAAAAAAGAAAAGUGUAUACGUGUGCAAGACAAUGCCAACUAGAAAGACCUGCGCCAAGGUCACUUCCAGCCUCGGAGCACCACUGCAGCCCUCGGAGUGCAGCAGUUUGGCCCAGCCUGCCAUUGAAUAUCUCCCAAAUUGUGCCGGAUCCCUUUCUCUGUGAUCAUCUCGGCGCUAAAGCAAUUCUUAGCAGAUUGUGUUUGAGCAGUGCACGCAACCUCACUUUGUGCACCUUUGCUACCAAGGUGUUGCUAGGUCCCAAGCUACGACACUACUUGCGACAAAGAACUGCCUUUUUGUUGUUUUGCUCGGGGAAAGAAAGAACAAAGUUAAGAUGCACUUGCUUGGAAAUUGCUGCUGUGUGUGUUUGUGUGUGUGUGUGUGUGUGUGUGUGCGCCCUACUUUCACCGUUUGCUGUUUGAGUUCAUUCCAAUGUUUGUUUGUUUUCUCUUUGACUUAAAAUAUCUGCACAGGAAAAACAUAAUUCGGACAAAGGAGUAUUGCGGCCAUGCUGAAAAGAAACUUUGACAGUUAUUACAAGAAUAAAGUCAAACAUUUUCUCGCUACUCCACAACUUUUUAAAACGCCUUAAUUCAUGUUAUAAUUAAUCUCGUAACUUCCAAACAUUUAUUCUGACGUAACGUUUUCUCACAUGGGUACGACUUCCAAAUAUGUUUGUUUGAAAGUUUUUCUUAGGAAAACGUAAAGCCAUUGAAAUAUCUUCAGGCCAUUGAAUCGGUCGCAACUUGACUUUUAAGGUUGUCCUACAUGUUUUGCCUCCACUGAGAGGGCUUUAUUCAUUCAUUUAUAGGACAAUUCCAGUCUGAGGUCACGGUGCAGGAUCCCAAGUAUGUAUCCUCUGAAGGCGGAAAAAUGCCCAGUCAAGUCAUUCUCAUGUUGUACCACAGUAGAGCAAAAACCUUGUCUGAGCAUGUCCCCGCUUUUAUAGGAUAAAGACGUUGGCUCCUGCACCAUGGCCUCAGACUAGAUCUGUCCUAUGUGAGCAUGAACUGAUGAGGCCUGCUCAGAUAAAGGGGCAGGAUGUCUUGUAGGACAGUCUGAACAGACCAGCUGCGGUCGAUUCAGUGCCCUGAGAGUACAAUAACCUGGAUAAAUGAGACUGUAACGUUUCCACUUUAACUUCCAAAUAUUACGAUGUUUUCCUAAAAACAAGGUAUUCUCACAAUGUAUUUUGAUUUUUGUUUCGUAAUUCUACUUUUCAUGACAUUGCAGCGCUUCUCUUAAAAAUACAAAAACACUUGGAAAAAAACGAUUGAAACAUUACAAAAUUAUUCUUAUAACAAUAUGACUUUUCUUUUAAUAUAUUUCUUCAAAAAUACGACUUUUCACAUUACUAUUUUUUAUUUUACAUAUUUUUCUUUUCAGUAUUGCCGUAGUGCUCCAUCCCCUUGGAAGUGUGCAAUUUAAUUGAAAAAUAUGCAAAUGGCGCCUGCAGAAAUCUGCCGCAAGACACGUUUGAUGUCAGAAAAGCGAGGGGGAAAAAGACUUUGCCACUUUCCUUAAAAUAAGUUUGAUUCCUGCUUGUUUCACGGAGGUAACAUCUCAACACGUUUCCGACGUCCUGUGUUUGCCCGACGACGUGGGACAACAUUAACUCACGCAACUAUUUUGAGGUUCUUUUAAAAUCUUUAUCCCAUAGUGUCAGAACUUACCUAACUGACGAAUUGUGCGACGAGAGAGGACAUUUCGCUCUUUUAUUCGGACAGGGAUUAUUUGUUUCUACCCUACAAACCCAGCCUGAGGACCCUUCUGAUUCCCAAACAAAGCGUCCAGUACGAAUCGACUCUCUUUAGUGAACCAGGCAGUGCUGCCAUCUUUCAGAGGCUUUACGGCCUGGCCGCAUUCAACUGAAGGGCUUCGUCUUCUGUUUUUAGUUUGUCCUAAAAACGUCCCAAUUUUUUGUAACGAGAUGACCACUGACACGUAGGGCACCAUCUUGGAAGUCCUUCUAUGUGCCAUCACUCUUCCUCUUCCUCCUUUUCCUGGCUCUUUGUAGCUCCGCCUCAUCUACCAAAAGCAAAAUGAAUAUUUGUAUGUUUUAUUUUUCUUCUGCAUGUCUGACUUGUGUGUGUUUUCACACCCCAGCUUCUUCUCCCCGCUUCCCAUCCCUCUCGAUUUGAAUCUGGAAAUGUCAGAGAUAGCUUUUAUUUAAUGUGGAGAGGAAGCAAACAAAAAAGAACACAGAAAUAAAUUAUUUGAUUUUUUUAAUGCUGAAAACUGGAGUUGUCUCUGUUGUUUGAAGCAUGAGUCGAUCAUCAGAAUCAGCACCUCCAAGUCCGAGUCCAUGGUUCUCGCCCGGAAAAGGGUGGAGUGCCAUCUCCGGGUUGGGGAGGAGAUCUUGCCCCAAGUGGAGGAGUUCAAGUACCUCGGAGUCUUGUUCACGAGUGAGGGAAGAGUGGAUCGUGAGAUCGACAGGCGGAUCGGUGCGGCGUCUUCAGUAAUGCGGACGCUGUAUCGAUCCGUUGUGGUGA